AUGGCGUGUAAGACCCCCAAAGGAGCUUGGGACAUCCUCAAGGAGGAGUUUGGACGAAUAAAUAAAAUUAAGUUGCUUGGAGAAGAGCUGACUAAUAAGAGGAUAGUGGAGAAGGUCCUGAUCAGUUUGCCUGAAAGAUUUGAAGCAAAAAUUUCAUCCCUGGAAGACUCUAAAAAUCUGUCCCAGAUCAGCUUGGCUGAACUUGUCCAUUCACUUCAAGCUCAAGAGCAAAGAGGGCUACCGAGGCAAGAAGAUUCACAUGAUGUAGCCAUGGUUGCAAGUCAGAAAGGAAGAGUAUACCAAAGGGAAGACAAGAAGUAUGUUGGUGAGAAGAAGGGAAAAGAGAAGAGUAUUUAUCAGGGAGGAAAACGUGGUGGAAUGAGAUCAUUUCCUCCAUGCUCACACUACAAAAAAAGGAACAAUUCAGAAAGUAGAUGCUGGUUCAGACCUGGCAUACAAUGCAGGUCAUGCAAGCAAUUCGGGCACAUAGAAAAAGUAUGUAAAAACAAAGGAAAUCAACGAGAGCAACAGGCUCAGGUGGUGAAGAUUCAACAGCCAAGUUCAGAAGCUGAGCAGGUCUUUAUGGCCUCAUGUUCAAACCAGAAAAUGUGUGGUGAUUUCUCGUUGAUUGACAGUGGUUGUACAAACCACAUGACUCCAAAUUUGGCAAGUUUCGUGAGUAUUGGCGAGUUCUAUCAAUCUAGAGUCAAGAUUGGAAAUGGAGGAUUUGUGGAAGUCAAGGGAAGAGGUGAGGUUGCUAUUCCAACUCCAUCAGGUACAAAAUACAUUUCAAAUGUUCUUUAUGUGCCUGAAAUUAAUCAAAGUUUGCUGAGUGUGGGCCAAAUGUUAGAAAAGAAUUACUCUUUGCAUUUUCAAAAUAUGUUAUGCAUUGUAGUUGAAGUAUUGGUAAUGAAUUGA